AUGGAGUUUCCAAACAGCUCCUACUUGGGUGCUAUUCCGAUUGCACUUGAUACGAUCAUCGUUGGCUUGGUCACAUACUACAACUACCGCGACAGCGCCAUGUGGGCAGCAUUCGUACUCUACUGGAUCUCUGUCGUCCUAACUCUCGCUGUGGGUUUCGGUCUUCUCAUCAUCCAAAUGACGAAGCAAGAAGAACACAGUAUUAGCGACGUAGCCGGACUGUGGCUCAUGACAGCUGUGCCCAUGGUCGUAACCAGCGCCGUUGGUGCUAAUAUGCUGCCCUAUCUGCAAUUGUUGAGUCUUAAAGUGGCGAUGUCUGUAUUCAUUGUGUCUUUUCUUCUCUGGAGCCUAGGCCUUGUGCAAGUCCAUCUCAUUCUCGCGUGCUACUUUUGGCGCCUCAUAUCGUAUAAGCUGCCGUCGAAUCAGCUUCUGGCCUCCGGGUUUCUACCUCUUGCUCCAUUAGGGCAAGGCGCAUACGCCGCCCAACAAUUCUCCAUCUACCUCUCCAACUACCUCCGCAGCUCCGGCUACGCACCCACGCAGUCGCAGCCACCGCCCGUCUCAGACACCGUCCUCCUCUCCACCGGCAUGGCGAUCCACUGGUUAGGCAUCAUCAUUUCUCUGUUCCUGCUUGCCCACGCUACCUUCUGGCUCGUCCAGGCCACCGCCUCAGUGCUAAUCCGCAUGCCUAAGCAAUUCAACAUUGGCAUGUGGUCCUUCACCUUCCCCCUAGGCUCCUACGCCAACGCAUGGAGCAACCUCUCCCGCGACCUCCGCAACGAAGGUAUGAGAGGAUGGGCGGCCACCACCACCGUCGCCGUCCUACUCACCUGGCUCUUUUGCGCUGCCAUGACGGCUUGGCUGGGCUUCUGGAAGGGCGAACUGUUCUCGACGCCUGGGCUCGAGAACUGGGUGUCUAAGGAGAUCAAGGACCACAAGGCAGAAGGGGAGACUCAGCCGGGCGGCGGGGAAAGGUAUCAGUAUAACGGGACGUAUGCGAUGUCGCGACCCGGGGUCCAGGACGAGGAGGUCGGCAGGGAGGGAACGUGUGGAAGUGCGAACGGGCAAAGCACUUCGACAGAGCAGAAUGUGUCAGCGAAUCAAAGGCUGAAUGGGAGUCACAGCACGCCCUCGUAA